AUGAGAGAGCACAUGUACAAGAGUCCAUGGAAGUCUGUGGUGAGGCUCUCAGCAACGAAACAGGCGCUUCGUCAUGAAUCUCAGUCUCAUCCCAGUCACAUAUCUCAAAUACCUGAUUUCAGCAAAUAUUCUCCUACAAAGUCCAUAAGCGAAUUAGCACCUUACGUUUCUCCUACGUUGUGCGCAUACCCGCUGCAGUCAAAAUACUUGAAUCAACAACACUACUACCAAAAUCAGAAUAUAUUAGAGAAACACUACUUGAUUAAGAAACCUCACCCGGUGUCGCUAUCUCAGCUUGCUCAGUAUUUCGAUGACUCUACCACCUUAACGAAACAAAAGAUCGUGAACAGUGGCAAUUUCGUACAACAGGAACUUGUCACACGUAUCGCACACAAGAUUCACUUGUUGCAAACGUUGCCCUUCAAUGUGGUUAACAAUUUCCACUUCAGCCAGGUAUACGAGUCCUACUACAAUAUUUUCGAGCGCUUCCGGCGUUACCCAACUAUUAAAACGAUGGAUGACAAUGCAAAGUUCGUCGAAUUUUUGAGGGGCAUAUUGUCGGACUUCAACUCGCUUAAUUUACCACAUCUGAUCAUGGGUGCUUUGGAAUGCAAAAUUCUUGAUUUGUAUCCACCAGAAAAGAUGGAUCAGAUUAUUUCUAGCUUACUAAGAGCACGUAUCUCCAGAAGAUUGAUUGUGGAAGAACAUUUGAGUAUAACAUCAAAUUACCUCAGCGGUAAAAAAGAGAAUACUUUAGUUCUGGGAGACAUCUUUCAGGAAUGUAGCGCCAUCGAGUUUGUGCUAGGAGCUAAAGCUAUGUGUGAAAACUUCAUUAGGGACAUGUACUUUGAAGGAAUUAAACUCCCCGAGUUUCAUGUUGACGGCAAUCUUGACCUCAAAUUCUAUUUUCUACCCUUACACUUGAAAUACUUGCUGGGCGAAAUCUUGCGAAAUAGUUAUGAGGCUACCAUGAAAGAGUAUAUUCGUCUGGGGCUUGAGAAGCCAGAACCUAUCACGGUUACAAUAAUCUCCAAUGAACAGUCUUUUAUGUUUCGGGUAUCGGAUCGCGCUGGCGGGAUUCCCCACGAUGAGAAGACUAUUUGGUCCUUUGGCAAGUCCAAGGAACUAGCUAAUCAAUCUUUGGACAAUUUUCAUAAGCUACCAGGCUUGCAGACUAUUUCACUUUAUGACUACAUGUAUGACAAGCGCAAGGGUGGCCCCGCAAUUCAUCCGUACAAAUUCACUUCCUUAGAGCCUAUAAGCGCCUCCAAUCUACCUAAAGGUAUUCACAACUUUGAAAAACCACUUCUAGGGCUUCUAGAAAGAUCUUCGCGUUACAAGCUAGGCAUCGGUCUUGCUAUGUGCAAAGUUUACGCUGAAUACUGGAACGGAGAUUUGACCGUUCAUUCCAUCAACGGGUAUGGCACCGAUACGGUUUUGAAAUUGGGCAACCUUAUGUACCAUACUGACAAGUUGCAACUGGACAAGGUUUAA